AUGUCCAACACUUUAUUCGAUGACAUUUUCAAUAUAACGGAGGUUGAUGCCGCCAGAUACAACAAAGUUUCCCGUAUAGUCGGUACUUCAUCCACUUCAUCAGACAUCAAAAUCACUUUAGAUAUAAAUUCAGAUUUAUUCCCAGUUAAUGUCAAUGAUGCUUUAACUAUCACAUUAGCUUCAUCAUUAUCUUUGGAAGAGGAAAACAAAGAUACCACUGGUUCAUGGAGGGCUCCAAGAGCUGGUGAAAAAUCAUUAGCUGAUGAUUAUGACUACGUCAUGUAUGGUACUGUUUACAAAUUUGAAGAAUCUUCAGAUGACAAAAUUUCUGUUUAUGUGUCAUUCGGUGGUUUAUUGUUAUGUCUACAAGGUGGUUACCGUAAUUUGUCAAAUUUGAAACAAGAAAACAUCUACUUAUUAUUACGUCGUUAG